AUGGACGAUAUUCCGUUUGAACCGGCCUCGGAUGCGUUGAGAAUCACCGCGGCGGCGGUUAUGUUUUUGGUGAGAUUUAUUGGUUUCAAAUUCCUUUUUUUUUCAUGGAGCACAUUCUCACUGAACUUUCAGUCAUUUUCAUUUAUUUUUUCACUUAAUGAAGACUCGGAUCUCGGUAACUAAAACCGGGCGUUUCUGAGCGAUUCUAGGGAUCACUUAAGAGUGCUGACGCUACUGUAGUGGUCACAAAAUGUCCCCACAUGUCCGAUUCGAGUUACCAAUUUCUAAGGGAGUAAAUGUUAUUUUUCAGUUUGCAAUUUGCUGGAAAACUGCCAAAAUACUUGCAAGUCAUCAACCUUUAGGGAUCGGCAUUCAAGAAGUAAUCUGGAAAAUCUUAAGAAGUUUUUCAUUAUCAAUUAAAAAAUGAGCUUCCUUUUUUUAGUUUUUUUGGACAAAAUUUCAGAAAAGACUGUUUUCAUCCAUGCUGAUCACUUCGAUUUUUUUCGAAUUCUAGUUCAUUCAAAUAUUUUUCAGAUGAGUAUUUCCGGCCUUCUAUUCAACGCCUUUGCCUUUUACGGCCUUUGGAGCAGCUUGAAAGAGAACGGAGGCUUCUCAAAAAAAUGUGUAUUUCCAAAACGAUCAGUAAUAAUAUGAUUUGCUUCUGUUUCCUCGUUUGGUGUGUACCGUGCGCUUUGAUGUAAGUUUGUAAAUUUUUAAGGGAGAGAGACUAAAAUUUUGGAAAAAAAGGAGUUUCGAACAGGACUUGUACGAUGGUUGUGUCGUGUGAAAAAUGAAAUUGGAACCUUUUUUUUUGAACUCAGGAUAUAGCAGUAAAGUUUCGAAAAGAAUAAAAUUUUAUUCUCAAACGGACUUUCGUCGCAGACCCUUUCCCCAAAAUUCAUCGAAAAAUAUGGGCUUUCCCAAGAAUUUCACAGGAAAUUUCAGAUUUCUAAAAGCUUAUAAUCUUUUCUAGGAACGGUUAUUACCUACCUUGGCUUGGAAAUGUCAUUUUCGGAUUAAUAUCCGGUUGGACAGGCUAUUUGAUGGGUAAAUUUGAACUUUUAUCGAUUUAUUGAUUGACUUUCGUAGGUCCAUUCGCUCAAACUUGCAUGGCGAUCAAUCGAUUUAUUGCCGUUUAUUUCCCAUACGCGUUCAUGACCUCGUAUCCGGUUGAUGUCACUUCGGUAGGUUUUUAGGAAUUUUAAAAUUAAAAAAACAAUUUUUAGGUCGCUCUAGGAAGUUGCUGGGUUUUUUCUGUCGGGUCAGCUUUCACGGGAUUUCGAGGUAAUUUUUGAACCCUCAGAAGGAAUAAAUAGGAAGAAAAUGUGCUAGGGAUUACUGGAAUACUCAGCAAGGAGGUUCUCAGAAAAAAAAAUCAGACCAAUAGUACUUGAAAGAUUGAUAACGCGAAACGAAUGUGCUCCGGACGUUUAUGGGCAUUUCUAGUGACCACUUUAGCGGCGUCAGCACGUCAUUUCUAGUGACCACUUUAGCAGCGUCAGCACGUCAUUUCUAGUGACCACUUUAGCAGCGUCAGCCUGGCAUUUCUAGUGGCCAGUUUAGUAGCGUCAGCACGUCAUUUCUAGUGACCACUUUAGCGGCGUCAGCCUGGCAUUUCUAGUGACCACUUUAGCGGCGUCAGCACGUCAUUUCUAGUGACCACUUUAGCGGCGUCAGCCUGGCAUUUCUAGUGACCACUUUAGCGGCGUCAGCACGUCAUUUCUAGUGACCACUUUAGCGGCGUCAGCCUGGCAUUUCUAGUGACCACUUUAGCGGCGUCAGCACGUCAUUUCUAGUGACCACUUUAGCGGCGUCAGCCUGGCAUUUCUAGUGACCACUUUAGCAGCGUCAGCACGUCAUUUCUAGUGACCACUUUAGCAGCGUCAGCACGUCAUUUCUAGUGACCACUUUAGUGGCGUCAGCACGUCAUUUCUAGUGACCACUUAAGCAGCGUCAGCGUGGCAUUUCUAGUGACCACUUUAGUGGCGUCAGCGUGGCAUUUCUAGUGACCACUUUAGUGGCGUCAGCGUGGCAUUUCUAGUGACCACUUCAGUAGCGUCAGCAAAGCAUCUAGAACCGCCCAGAAACGUCCGGAGCACGUCCGUUUCGCUUUUCCAAUGUCCGAGUAGCAGUAAAAACGUCAUCAAGUUGUAUUAG